UGAAUCCCUGCGCCUCGUCAUCACCGUUGCCACGGGCUCUGCAGCAGUUCUUGCCUCCAGCGCGCACUACUCGGCGCCGCUCCCGCGCGGGCCCGGAUGGCGCUGCCCCGCGCGGAGCGCUGCUCGGCGCGGCCUGGGGACCGGGGGACCGCGCCGACGCGGAGGGGCGACAGCCAACAGCCCCCCUUCGCCGCUCCCCGGGCCGCCCGACGGCCGCUGCCCGGGCCGCCCGAGGCGAGGGCCGCGGAGCGACGCGCGCCGGCCGCCCGCGCGCCGCCCGAGGGCCGCCCGGGGGCCCUCCAGAAGCCGCCCGCGGAGGCCGCCACGGUGCCGCACGACGGCGGCUCCACCCGCGACGGAGGCUCCGAGGUCGGCGAGGACUCCGACGCGGCGCCGCCCUCGACCGGUGAGGCGCUGCCCGGCCCCCUGCUCCUCGCGAGCCUCUGCCGCCCGCAGUUCGGCAGCUCAAGCAGCGCCCUGAGCGACGGGAGCAUCGGCCACCCCACGUUCUGCAGGUCGGCGUGCGUUGUCGUCCAGGCCGGCACGCGCUGCCCACGCGGUCCCGCGUGCACGUGGUGCCCCGAUCCUUCUUGCAAGACGAGGAGGCGUUUGGACAAGCGGACUCGAAGCCUGUUCAGAGAGAUGGACGACCUCAUCAAGAUCAGCGUGGUCUGGCCUGUUCUGAAAUCGAAGGUCGACGAACUUGGCUUCGGUAGCGUGGCGACGCGGGCUCUGGAGAAGUGGCGCGUUGAUGUCAUGAGCAUGCCAGAGUUUGCAGGACGGCCCCUGGACGUGCGUCUGCUGAAGCCGCACUGCGUAAAAGGACUUCGCAGGUUGAGGCUGACCGAUUUGUGCGCCUGCCCCAUCCUCCCCGAGGGUGUUGUGGAGCGCACCGAGCGUCUACUAAGGGAGUUGAGGGCUCUCGAGCGCAUACGUACGCACAUGACGGCUUCGCCCAUGUCAUUCGCCACCUUGCAGAAUAAUGUGCCGAAUUCGUUAUAACCUGGGUCUCCGCCCCUAUCGCCUCACCUCGUGUCUGUCUUUGCCUUGCGAUUCGAUCCCGCUCCUCGGAUCCAGGUCCAGAGUGCUCACCGAUCGGGGUGGGAACGUCGCGUGGGCUCCCUUGUCGGCGGCUCCCUUUUGAAGAUGUGUCUCUUCCCACUUAGCUUUUUCUCGAGGCCUCCUUCGGGCGGUUCGCCCCGGUUGGCGGGAGGCCACGAGGCUAGUUUUCGGCUCCAUGGGGUAUGGGGCUGAGGGCCCUGUUUCCCUGGCCUGCACACGGCCCUAAGAGUUGUUGCUCCAAUGAUCUUGUGCGAGGAUACAGGAUGGUCGAUCUCUUGACGUCACUUGCUUGGCUUCGAGGUGGUAGGCGAGUCGGGUUGACACUGGGCUUUGAGCGAUGUGAGUGAGAGAGAGAGAGAGUACUGUUCUUCGCCCCGCCGAAUGCGUCGGCCGACUUGUACUGCUUCACGCCCUCCUCGCUCGCUUCCUCCCUGUGCACUGUGUAGCCUGCGGCCCGUGUCGCACUUGCCUGUGCAUGCCGGCUUUGACAGGUGGUCCGAGGAGGGCCGCCGCACAGCGGCCUCGAGACAGUUUGUCCGAGGUGCCGAGGAGGGCCACAGCGCAGCGGCCUCGAGGCAGUUGUUCCGUGGUCCGGGACAGGGGUCCGAGGCAGCUUUCUGUCUUUGUCUCUCUCUCUCUCGUGUGUGUGUGUGUAUGUGCGCGCGGAGCCUUAGGAUGAUCCUGCUCUUCCUUUUUCUUCUGGCCCGCGUUUUUUCACUCCUGGGACAAACAUAUGGCCUGCUCCGCCAUGAACGCCUGGGCGACCGAUCAGGUUCGUGUGUGUG